UUGCCUAGUCCAUAGGGCUUUAGACUUUGUGCCGUCAUCAACAGUCAAUCCUGGCUUGGAGCAGCAAACUGUUCACAGCUCAUACUCAAUAAACUGCAGCUACUGUUGGACUUCUGGAUUUGACAAACCAAUUCUACAUUUCAUUUACAAAGAGGCUCUCUGAGGAGGUAUGGGUGCCCACGGAUCCAAUAUGGAUGAAGUCUUGGCUGAGGACAUGCACCACUGGUACAACAAAUUCAUGAGGGAAUCGCCAUCAGGUCUCAUCACGCUCUUUGAACUCAAGACAAUGCUGCAGAUGCAGGGGAUGACUGAAGAAGCCAGCGGCUAUGUGGACCAAGUCUUCUUCACAUUUGACAUGGAUGGGGAUGGCUAUAUAGAUUUUGUAGAAUACAUUGCAGCUGUAAGUCUUCUACUGAAAGGAGAGAUAAAUCAGAAGCUGAAGUGGUACUUCAAACUCUUUGAUCAGGAUGGAAACGGCAAGAUUGACAGAGAUGAAAUGGAGACCAUAUUCAAAGCAAUCCAGGACAUUACACGGAGUUAUGAUAUCCCUCCAGAUGAUAUUGUGUCUCUGAUCUAUGAGAGGAUUGAUGUCAAUAAUGAAGGUGAGUUGACAUUGGAGGAGUUCAUCACAGGGGCUAAAGAACAUCCUGAUAUCAUGGAGAUGCUCACCAAGAUGAUGGACCUCACCCAUGUCCUGGAGAUCAUAGUCAACGGGCAGAAAAAGAAGGAUUGACUAAUAAAAGGAUCCCAUCCUGAUUAAAAAUGAUCAGCUCUGUGGCUUAAAAACGUAAACCAGACUCAGUAGAGGGUGAAACCUGCUAGCAGCAUCUCAGAUGUGGACGCGAGUGAUCAUCAUCUGUGAUUGUCUUUCAUACACUUUAUCUCUGUCUCUGUGCCUCCAAAUAUCCAGUUAGCAUGAGCUCUCACUUACCCUUCUACUUUUAACUGAAUCACCUCUACAAGUCUGAAAAUGUCAUUCUUGCAGGCAGAAAUGACACAAGAGGAGAUGAAUCCAUGGUUUAAUGGAUCAUUUGUCCUAUUUGCCGGGGUGUAAAGUAUGUUCUUAAAAAUGGAUGUGCUCUGUGAUCUGCUGCAUGAACAGUGACCCUCAAAAGUAUAUGGACACUUAAGCCUCAGUUAAAAUGGAUCAAUGUCUUUGCAUUAACAAAUUGUCAAAAUUACAUGCAUUUUUAAUUGUGACUUACUUUAAAUGUCCAAAUACUGUUUAGGGGACACUGUGUAAGGAGGGGCCAGUGUUAUAAAUAAUUGUACAGUUUUUCUAUUGAUGUAUGUAAUCUUCAUUCUGACUUUUGACAUU